ACAUUUUAUCAGAAGCCUGAUAUCCGAGCUCUUGCUGCUGAGAAUGGAUUAGACAGAAAACUUUUCCAUGAAGCUUACAUCAGUUUCCGACAGUUUUGUUCGGUGCUUCAAAACUUGAAUGCAGACCUUUACAUCAUUAUGAAUGACAUCAUUCAUGGCGCAGGUCACGUUAACGAUAUCUUCCCAUAUUUCCUGCAACAUGCUCGAGAAGUGUUCCCGCAUCUUGUUUGCAUGGACGAUCUGAAAAAAAUCAGUGAUCUCAGGCUACCAGCCAACUGGUACCCAGAGGCAAGAGCUAUUCAGCGUAAAAUUAUAUUUCAUGCUGGUCCCACAAACAGUGGUAAGACAUAUCAUGCACUACAAAGGUUUCUCACAGCGAAAUCUGGGGUUUACUGUGGCCCCCUGAAACUCUUGGCUGUUGAAGUAUUUCACAAAAGCAAUAAUGAGGUAAAUCGUCUUUUAUAUUCUUUAACUACACUCGGAUAUACUACAUUCUCGGAGUGUUUGCAAGCUGGUCUACAUCCUACUGCGGAUCAAAUAGAGCUAUUUGCUUACCAUUUGCCUAAUGCUACUCUCUCAAAUCUGAUGGUGCUAUCAGCUAAUCUCGCCACGUAA